GAGUAGCGUUCAUCUCGCUUCGUGAUAAACACGCAUCACCGCACCGAGCUGGAGGUAGCGCACGCGUACCGUGGCAUCUCGAAUGGGCAUCGCUCCUGCACUCGACCUGGAAUCUGCCGUACCGGAAAAACAGCAGUGACCUCGUGGUUUAUUACACAGAAAUGGGAGCCCAUCAAAAACUCCAUGGAGUAGCGAGACUGAAGAGCAGGCCACAAUAUGGAGUUGCAGUGUUGGUGUUGGCGUCCUUGGCAGUUCCGCUCUCCACAUGUUCGCUGGUGAAAAUUCCCAAGUGCUGCCCUCUGCACCAGCAGCUGUCGUACGACUUUGAUUCAUGCAUCGAUUACGAGAGCGCGGCUGCCACUGACAACGACACCAGCUGGUGGUUGUCGCCCGAAGUGAUCGACCAGAUGAACGCUGAGUGGGUGGUGGGCCCGGGACAGCGGCAGGCCUGUUCUGCAGCCGAGUCGACGCUGUGGCUGCAGGAGUUGGGAGACGUGGUCAUGACGGCAGGGGGCCGCCUGGAGCUGGACGUGGGUGGCGACAGCGAGCCGCUCCAGCUGGAACUGGACCCCCACCUCUACUGCCUGGACAGGACGCAGAUCGCCGGCGGGCGGCUCGUGGCGCUGUCUUGCCUGUGCGGCUCGGCGCCCCUGCGUUGCUGGACCAGCUGCUGCCCCGGCGGGUCGUCCCUCAGCUUAGUGGGCGAGCAGGCGGCGAGCUGCGUCUCCUCCCAGCACGAGCUGCCCGGCCACUGGGUGCCCCAGCCGCACCUCUUCACUCCAGGGGGCGGCGUGCCCUGGAGGGUCACCACUCUGCCCCAGUGUGAGGAGAACGAACACGUAGUGGUGCUGCCUGCUGGUAGGCGGUACCGGCUGCUGGCCGAUGGCGGCGCUGCUGUGGAGGAUGGGGAAUCCCCAGAAGGGAGACACCUGUCAGCCCACCAGUACUGCGCAGACGCGGAGCAUUUCCUGUACUGCAAGAGCAGGGUGGCCAACCCCAGCAGCGGCGAGCGCACCAGGCGCGUCGUCUACGUCUGUCUGCUGGUGCUGGGCACAGCCUUUCUGCUCGCCACUAUCGCCAUUUACUCCUGCUUCCCAGUGCUGCUGAGCCGGGUCUUGUCUCGUGCCCUGGUAGCACACUGCUGCUCUCUGGUGGCGGCCUACGUCACUGCCGCCGUACUGCACGCUGCCUCGCAUAUCCCGCACCCUGCCUGCACCAUCACAGCAUUCGUCAUGCAGUUCUCUUACCUGGCCGCAUUCUUCUGGCUGAAUGUGAUGUGCAUUGAUAUAGCACUGGCAGUGAGCCGGAGGAGCCGCCCCCAGGAAGGCAGCACACACAGGGAGCGGUGCAAGUUCCUGCUGUACUCUGGGUAUGCCUGGGGUGUACCAGCCACUAUUUGUGCCAUCACAGCUGCUGUGGACUUCUCUCUGGCAGUGCCUACCACCAGCCAGCUCAAGCCCAACAUUGGCACCAGAACUUGCUGGUUCCAAGGUGAGACAGCAAUGCUGAUAUACUUCUAUGGCCCUGUCUCAUGUGUGAUGGUUGUGAACGUGUUGCUGUUCAUUUUAACUGCUGUAAAUACUACAGUUAAAAGUGAAAACCAUGGUGAUGGUACUCAAACAGGUACUAUCAAGCUCAAAAAGAGGACACAAAGAGAAAGGUUGUUAAUGUUUAGCAAAAUAUUCAUCUUGAUGGGUCUAACUUGGGUAACUGACAUUUUGUCAUGGAUUUUUGGUGGACAGCACAAGUAUUAUUGGAUUGUGACUGACACAAUAAAUAUUUUGCGUCCCGCUUUCAUUUUCUAUAUCUUCUGCUGCAAUCGAAGAAUUCUGGAGAUGCUGGCAGCUCACCUGCCAUGUACCCCUGGCUGUUCUUCAAACCACACUAGCUCCAGUACAGAAUCAGGAUGCAGCCUGAAUGUUUACAGAGUGUGUUCUAAUAAUGACAGUCAUAGCCCAACAGUGCAAUAUAGAGCACUCACUGGUAGAGAAAUUUCACAUGGAGACCAUCAUCCAUGAAAAGCCUCAGCAAUGAUAACAAGGAAUCUACAAGGCCAAUAAUAAAAUAAGAAACACUUGAGCAGAAACUGAAAAUCUGAAAUCGAACAAUAUUCAGCUUUCCAUUCUGUUACUGGAAUAUGACUUUCUGACUAAGAAAUUUGGAUAAAAUAACUGGUAGUAGGAUGAACAAUGAAAAAAUUACACUGAAGUACAAAUUAAGGUUAUUAAUGAAAUAUGUAAAUUAAAGAUCUGAUGUUGUUACAAGUUGAGGAAAAUGGAGAUUUAGGACAUCCAUGGAAGUUUAAAAUUGUGGAACACCAUAACUCAUGGUUAAAGUUUUACUUUAUGCAUGGAGUUGCCUAAGUGUGUAUCAUGCACUAACUUAAAAUUCAGUUUUGACUACCUCUCUGUUAGACUUUUAAAUGUGCUAGCAAACUCACCAAUGUGUACCCUACAUCAAACUACUAAAUAUGCAAUUGCUUCUCCCAGUUGUGUGCAACUAAAUUUGUUUAGAUAUAAUUGAUGACUAAGCAAAUAACCAUGUGAAUGUGAUUGUAAUUUGUCGUAUGCUACAUUUGUUUGUUUAUGAGUGUGAUCCGUUGCUUUCAUAGAUUGCCUAUAAGUAGCAUCUUUGGGUGUGAUCUCAUUCCUCAAAGCAGAUGAGUGGAAUUGGACACUAGAAUUUGUCCACAAAGACAGGGUGCUCUGCUGUACACAGUACACAGUGCUGUGAAAUGUGUAACAUCCUUCAUUUAACAUUUUCUUAAGCACAACAAUAGGACCACACACUAACAAUGAAAAAGACUCCCAUACUUUCUUGCAUCCUCCAUACUUCAUGUUGGAAUGCCAGAUGAUGGGAUGUAACUUUCACCAGGCAUUUGCCAAACCUGAAUUCUUCCAUUGGAUUCAUUACUACAUAUCACUCAUUUGCAAUCAACACUGUGUAGCAGUGUUGAUCUUUACACAACUUCAAAUGUCCCUUAACAGUGACUACAGAAAUGUCUGGCCUAUAAGGAACUGCUUGAUGAUCAUACCCCUUUCUUUUUCAACUCCCUUCACACAGUCAUUGUGCUAGCUGGACUGGUUGGUAGCACUUUUGGGCUACACAGUAACAGAUUGUCCCUGUCAAUCAAUAUAUGAGGUUUGGCUGCUCUUGGCUCUAGGUGUUCCUUUGCAUUUCACUUCACAAUCAUAUUAUCAAAAAUCAACUUGGUCAGCUUUAGAAGGGUUGAAAUGUCCCUGGUGGAUUUGUUACUCUGGUGACAUCUGAUGACUAAUCCAAGUUCAAAGUCAUUGAGCUCUCUUGACCAACUCAUUCUCCUGAUAUUUUUUCUUCACUUCUCAUGAGAUCUGGUGGUCAAUUCUGCAUUACAUAGUGGUGUACAGACACUUUUGAUCUGACAGUGUGUUUACUACAGUCAACACAAUGCAUGUUAUUUGAUAUUUGUAAGACAGCUUUCUUUAGUAGAUAAUAAACUACUAACAGAAUAUAAAAAAGUAACUCAUUUUCAACUGCUUUGGGACAGAAUCGCUGGCCACUACUUUCUCAAACAAUACAAAAUUUU